AUGCUUAAAAGAAUUACACUGGGGCAGUUGAGAAAGUAUACGAAUGGCAUUGUCUUCAAAACGGCCUCCAAACCUAAAAGAAAGUGGAUUCCAUGGUCAAUUUUUGGUGCAAGCUUCCUUGGGGGAUGGUACUUAACGCAGCACAUGACAUUCACAGACCUGCUAGCCUAUUGGAGAUAUGACGCUCUUCCCAAGGAUGCAGAUGAAGUCCUCAAAUAUCAUGCGGAUUUGAACAGGCGCCUGAAUGAUUUAUCUAUCGUGAAACAGUUGGAGGAAGCUGGUUUCGUACAAGUGAUUGCUAAUGAAGACAAAAACUUGUUGGUGUCGAAGGCAUUAAACACUCCUGGCGGGAUUGCUAUACCACCUAGAGUCUAUUAUAACCCAAGUAGACGUGAAACUGUCGGGCUAUACCAUUUAGGAAUGAAACUGACAGGCUAUCCCUUUUUGAUUCAUGGGGGCAUAUUGGCAACAGUGAUCGAGGACCUGAUGAAAGAAGCCAUUAGACUUGAAAAAGGGACCAAAAACAUAAACCAAGAGACCAAGGAUUUGAGUAUCUCAUACAAAUUCCCCACGCUGGCAAAUCAGUUUGUUGUAGUAAGAACUACCGAUCUUCAGCAAUAUGGUAACAAGACCAAAUUAAAGGCCGAACUGAUGGACCAAAGUGGCAAUAAGACAUUAGUCAAAGCUGAUGCUACCUUUGCUAGCGAGUAG